GCUCCCCUCACUCCGCCCCUGGCCUCCUUGGGCGUCACGUCGCACCCCUGCGCUCCCGCCACCCCUCAGCCUUUCUUGGGUCUGAAAGUUAGUUCUUUGAGGGGAGAAUCUACGGCGCUGCGAGGGAGGUUGUUGUGGAAAGUGAGCAGCGAGCUAGGAGAUCAGGAUGGCGGGACGUCACAGCACAUCGCUGGUGCUGGUGCUCACCUGUCUUGCUGCCGUCACUGCAGGGGUGGACAACGACGUGCAGAAGGUGACCCUCCCGCAGGUGGUUAAGUAUCCUCUGCGGCCCCUCAUGGAGGUCCUCUCCCAGGGCGGACCCCGCGAGAUGCGAGCUGCCACCUUCCCCGGCAUCCCGUCGGGCUGCCUCUCCUGCACCGCGGGCGGACUCGGCGCCUCCACCUACGGCAGCAGCUACAGCUCAGGCUCCUUCGGCUCGGACGGCGGUUUCCCCAGACCGGGCUUGCUCAGGCCGAUCUCUGAACCGCAGAGUAAUUCUUAUAAACAUGAAGUUCGAAGCGAAUCCAAAAUUGUCAAUGGCCAGCCUGUGUACGAUCUGUACCAUGAACGACGCUUUGAGGAUGGGCAUCUCGUUCAUGAAGAAAGAAAAGAAAAGGGCGCGAAAGACGUCGACACACCACUCGGUCCUGGCCAGAGCCAAGGCUACCCGGCUGGUCCUGGGUACUCGAGGCACUUGCACGAAACGCACGUGCAGAGCAGCAGCGUCGGUUCCUCUGACUAUGGUUCCGCAGGGACGCUCUCGGCUCGCGGGGGCGCAUCGCCUCAUUACAACUCCGAUGUGUCUAGUCUGUCAGAGAGGCUGCGUCAGCAGAUGCUGUUGCUGAAGAAUCGCAAGGGUCAUGAAACCCCGGGGGGGAGUCACCAUGCCGUCUAUUCCCAAACACGCUACGUCAACGGCCAGCCAGUCUACGUGAAGAAGGAGGAGCGGAAGUACGAGGAUGGCCAGCUGAUCUACAACAAGACGGACGAGAAGGGACCCGACGAUCUGGGAACCCGGCACGUCGCCCAGCAGUACGACGCGUCGGGGUCCCCGGUCGGGACCGGCGGCGGCUUCUACGAGCGGCGCGAGGAGCAGCGCCACUUCUCGUCCAGCAGCCAGGGCAGCCAGGCGCUCUACCCGGGGCACUUCCCCGGCCACGCCUCCGACCGGGAGGGAGCCCCGUACCACGGACAGGACUCAGCUUAUCCCUCUUAUAGGGCAGGAUAUAACUCAGGCUCCACAGGUUCUUCUACCCAGUACACGCAAGAGUCCAGAGAGGAAACUUCCUCAGGCUACAGGCCAUACAGGCCAUCUUCGGGAAGUUCCUCUACCCAGUACACGCAAGAGUCCAGAGAAGAAACUUCCUCAGGCUACAGGCCAUACAGGCCAUCUUCGGGAAGUUCCUCUACCCAGUACACGCAAGAGUCCAGAGAGGAAACUUCCUCAGGCUACAGGCCAUACAGGCCAUCUUCGGGAAGUUCCUCUACCCAGUACACGCAAGAGUCCAGAGAGGAAACUUCCUCAGGCUACAGGCCAUACAGGCCAUCUUCGGGAAGUUCCUCUACCCAGUACACGCAAGAGUCCAGAGAGGAAACUUCCUCAGGCUACAGGCCAUACAGGCCAUCUUCGGGAAGUUCCUCUACCCAGUACACGCAAGAGUCCAGAGAGGAAACUUCCUCAGGCUACAGGCCAUACAGGCCAUCUUCGGGAAGUUCCUCUACCCAGUACACGCAAGAGUCCAGAGAGGAAACUUCCUCAGGCUACAGGCCAUACAGGCCAUCUUCGGGAAGUUCCUCUACCCAGUACACGCAAGAGUCCAGAGAGGAAACUUCUUCAGGCUACAGGCCAACUUCGGGAAGCUCUACCCAGUACACGCAAGAGUCCAGACAAGAAACUUCCUCGAACUACAGGCCAUACAGGCCAACUUCGGGAAGCUCCACCCAGAACACGCAACAGACAAGAGAGGAAUCGUCUUCAGGAUACACGCCAGUCAGACCGACCUCCUCCUCCUCCCGACCCGAUAGCUCAGCCAACCAGUACGCACAUGAAUCGCGAGAGGAAGAUUCAUUCUCGCGCAAACCUCACACGGACAGAUGGACACACGCACAACAAACGGAUGAGGAAUUGCACUUGUCGUACAGGCCAGCUAACAGGCCAUCGAGCAGCUCCACUCACUAUGCACACGAUUCAAGGGAGGAUACUUCCACAACCAGCCAGGACACUCAAGAAAGUACCGAGGAGCCCACUUACCCCAGUCGACCUUCAUACAGGCCUUCAGGGACCACAUCUCACAUGAGAGAAGAAUCUUAUGAGUCUAGUUGGCAGCAGCAGCGAAGAGAUCAUACCUACACUCCUUCAUCUGGUGAUUUUCACACAACCAUUGUCCAGCAGAACACAAGGCAACCGGAAACCACUACACAAGGUGCACUAGGCUCCUCUCACGGAGACGGUUCUUCUGAGAUUUACAGUCAAACUUAUGAGCAGUCCAGCUCUGCUGCUUCAAGCAACCACAGUCAGUUUAGUAGAGGAUACAACGCAGAAUAUGACCAGCGCCAGCAGGGAGUUUCUUCACAUUACUCUCAAGAGGCAUCAGCAGAAAGGCGUCUGACCACAGAUGAAGGCAGAGAUAUAGUAGGUAUUCCUGGGGUGCUAAGUGGACCACACACCCAGUAUGGCAAUGAUGAAAAGCAUAACAAGGAAAGGUACGACAUCAGUCCCUUGGAAGACAAUGAACCUGAACUCCCCUCCGUUGACAAUGAAUUUGAUUCCUCUUACGUGCCUACCCUGGCCCCAGUUGACAGUGAAAUAGACAGUAGUGUUAAUUCUGAAUGGCGACCUGAGCCAUCCAUCCAUACUGACAGGCAAUACCACAACUCUCGGCAGGACACUUCUCGAACCGAUACACAUAGCCAGGCACGUCCUUUUCAUGGCUACAGUGACUCCUCAUACCAUUACCAGCGCAACCGCACUUCUACACAAGGAGCAAUAAACAGUGUCCCAGCAUCCACUCCCGCACAAGCACCAGACGCAGAUGAUGCCUCUUCAAACGGUUAUCCUGGUGUUGAAGGUACCAGUCGCUACCACUACAAUGAGUCAUGGAGACAUUCAACCAGUGUUGACAGUCAGCCACAGCAGCCUUAUGGAUCUACUAGCAGUUCUUCAAGUUCAUCCCAAGUCAGAAAUUGUGGACAAGUCAGCUGUAUAGUCGUAGGGGAUGGACAUCUAUCAUCCUCCAGGCAAACACAAACACGUGUCAGCACCAGAUAUGUCAAUGGGGAAUUGGUUGGAAUAACACAUCAUAUCCGUCAGUACGAGGAUGGAAAACUUAUUCAUGAAAACAGAACAGAACAAUCGGUUGAUGACCUCUCUGAAGAAGACCUGCGCAGAUAUGGAAUUGAUCAACUCCACUUAGUGCAGGGGAGUUACCAGCCAGAAAGCUACUCUCAGCGUCAUGAGGUCCGACAAGAGAAGAAAUAUGUAAAUGGUGAACAAAUAUACGACCUUCAUCAUGAAAAACGCUUUGAGGACGGAUCCUUAGUUUACGAAAACCGAACUGAAAAAGAUGCCGAUGAUUUAGGCAUUUCAAGUCCUGGAGGUUAUGAGGGUUCCUACUCCCAUGCCCACCAGGAAGGGGGCGCCAGACAUGAGGUAACGCAGUCGCAACAUCUGCAGCAGCAUGUCACUUCCGGUGCUGUGGGAGAUAUUACUGCUGGACAUGCCUCAGAAUCGCAACAGGUGACAGACACUGCCCAUGUGUCAGUUGUUCCAGUUUACACAAGUCGCAGGUACGAAACUCGACGGCAGCAAGAAUUUGUCGAUGGUCAACCUACGUAUGACCUGCAUCAUGAGCGCCAUUUUAACAACGGAUCCCUUGUCUAUGAAAACAAGACAGAGCUGAACGAAGGCGAACUGCGCGCCUCCCAUUCCCCGGGUCACCAGGACGCUCUCCACCAGAUCUUGUCUGGCAACACCCUCAGCACUGCCUAUGACAGGUCCUCCUCUGCCGGGGCACAUGGCUCGUAUGGCAGCGGUCUAGAGGUUUCACAAAGUUCCUAUGGCGAGUCGGCUUCCUCGCAAUCCGCUGGGUCCUACAGUGGAUCGUCAGCUUCCUACCAUGGAUCACAAUCCUCACGACAGACUGGAGUGUAUGGAGAGUCAGCUUCGUCGCAGCUUGAUGGAUCCUACAGCGGAUCCUUGUCCCAAGGCAGUGGAACUUACGGUGGGACAGGAUUAUCCUACAGUUCUUCAUCCUCCAGCGAGAGUCACGAAUCCUCCAUGGCCAGUGGUUUUCCAGUAGGACACGGCGCUGGAUCUUCAAGGGCCACCACAUCCGUCCUUGGAGCAGGUUCCUUUAGCAGUUCGUCUCAGCAGGAAUCCUCUGGAGGGUGCCUCUCUUGCAUGUUAAUUGGAGGUUCAGGAUUCUCAGGCCAAGGAUCUCUGGGCAUGUCCGGAAGCGCAGGUGCAGAUGGAUACAGUCACCGGCAGGAGAUGAACAUGGAGGAGCAUUACGAGGACGGCCAGCUGAUUCAUGGCCAGGAGGAAAGCCGCGUCUUCGAGAACGGACAGCUGGUGCACGAGAGCCAGAGACAGUAUGCUGAUGCCCCAGAGCAAUCGUACCGAGCUUCGGCACUUCAGUCUGCGAAAUCCUCAUCUGUCGAGGCUGGCUCGUGCGAAACGAGUUACUGUAAGAACGGGGGAACGUGCAUUCCCGGCUUCAUGGGUCCUUUGUGUACUUGUCCCUUCGGAUUCAAAGGAAAAGACUGCAGCGAAGCGUACUGCCCCAAACGGUUCUGCCGCUACGGGGGGUCGUGCCAAGUGGAGGGUGCGAGGCACAUCUGCGUGUGCGAGGAGGGCUACACAGGGUACCGGUGCCAGACCCGAACUUACAGACACGCCCGCAGACAUGCUUCCAAGCCUUAGGGCGUCUCCAGUUACUCUUUAGGCGUAGAAUUUAGUUUCCAGUGGACACACAGUAAAUCUUCAAUGUCCAAGGAUUUGGACCGUGCAAGUCCUGAUUUUAAUUGCAAAGGGACCUGAAAUAUUUGGUGUCGGUUAGCACUGAAGGUAGUCAUUUUUGUGUCGUUUCUCUCACAUAGAACUUCCAAGACAUUUACAUAUCUCAUGGUGUGAUUAUCGUUACAGUAUUUAAUUAAACUUCUUGUUCUUUAAGUUAUAGGUCUUGAUAUUCGUAUUAGCUAUAGUGUUGUUUGCAUAAUGAUUUCUAAAGUAACAUACAUGUUGUUUAUACUUAUUUAGAAUCAGUGUAUGUCUGUGAAUAUUUUAUUAGUUCUUAAUGUGUAGUUAUUUUUUGUUGAUAUGAAAUAAUGCCGACUAGCUACAUACUAUAUAUUUAUUAAAAUAGCUGUUCUCGUUAUCAUUGGUAGCCAAUGUUUGCAUUAAAGUCAUGCAGGCAGAGGUAGACAGCUAAGUCUGUGCUCAGCGGACGAAUACUAGGUUGUGUAAGGAAGUCUACCAGUGCUAUACCAUUCACCGGCGGUGCUUCGAAAGUUUAGGUUGACUAACGAAGUUCAACAGGAAAGCAUACAUUUUGUGUCGCGUAUUCUCAAUAUUCAACUAUUUAUUUCUAAUAGUAUGUAUCUAGAAUUCUAGAUUAGAAUUUAACAUAUUACUGAAAUAAGGUGCAAAAUGUUACGUUUGAAUAAAACCACAAUUGUUAA